UCAUCUGGUGGCUGCUUAAAUAUAAACCAUAAUAUUUCUAUAGAUAAUUGAGAAUGGAAAUGGAGUAACAAUCAAGAACAUAAACACAUUGAAUAAUGGCCAUCUCUUGGUUAUUAAACUGAUAGUGCUUUAUCAUCACCUUGCUUACCUCUCCUGGACAAGGACUCCUAAAUGGUUUGGAAAACUAUUUGUUGAUGAGAAGAACCUAACCCUCAUCAUGAACUGGACUGAGAAACAUGAGCAGUUUCCUCUGCUACACACCAUGUUAGAUGAAACUAAUUGCUGUAGUCAAGAGCAGAAAAUUCCCGUGCCUUCUCACAAACCACGUGAAAGAAACUGCGUUUCACAGCGUGACUUGAUGGAAAAAGCUGCAGCACUCAGUUCAGUUCCGUCAGCUGAGCUUUGCAAGUGAAAGCUCAGAGUUAGUAAUUUUACUGCCAAGGAAAAGGUCUUGUGCCUUUAAUUCUGCUGCCAAAAGCGGCUGCGUUGGCAGGGUACUGGAGAGCUCCUGGCUGACUCUGCUGAAAACCCCGCACUGUUACAGCAACCAUCAGCCACCCAGCCUGCCGCGACGGGGACACGACCCGUACUGCACUGACAUUAUUAUUGCUGGUCAAUUAGAGAUGCAGCCCCGUGACUGAGACCUCGAGCCGUGUCUGCGCUGCACAAGCUGACACAAGCUCCCGCAGGCUUGCCAGUCCUGGACUGAGCCCCACCGAGACCGUCCUCUGCCGGGCUUUCACUGAGGACAAUGAGGAGCUGGAGCCCUUUCACAGCGUGACGUGGGACCACUGUGAUCCCUCCAGCGGAUGCCUGGAAAGCCGCCAGAAAGACAGCCAAACUUUCUUUUGUUCCAUUCAGAAGGCAAAUAACCUGGGAUUCUCUAUGCACACCAGCAGAAAUCUUUCAGUACAUGCCCCCAGUCUUUGCAGCUUUAAAUUCAAGGUUAAGAUGCUGGAACGUACGCUGUUCAAAGAUUCUCCUGAACAAAAACCUCCUAAUAAAUUAAAAGCCUGAAAGCCUUAGCUUCAUCUGUUCCUGUGCUUGGUUCUGUCUAAGCAGCAAUAUGCCGAGUGACUUGGAGUGGGUCUUGAAAGUCUGGAAGAGGAAGAGGACAUUCAUGUUGUUGAAAGACUGCUUGAAAGAACUGGGCUCAUUUCCUUACAUAGGAGAAAAAGAUCUGUGCUUCUGCAGUUUACUGAUCUGUUCUAACCCAAGUACUGGCACGGGAAGCAGAUGGGAAAACCUGAGAGACACACCAUGACCCCACAGGAGAAAUGGCAGCGGGUGUUAGGUGAUCACCUCUCCUUGGAUCUCGAUAUGUUCCUCUUGAACCUCUUUCCUCUUGGACACCAAAUGUUUUGGUAAAACCAAUUUAUGGCAUUAAGGCAUGUCCAAGUUCAAAGAUGCUGUGUGGAUUUGUCACUGUGAGCAAUACUCCACGUGUGACCACAAAUCUCCUUCCAGAACUCCUAGUGCUUAUGCUCUCAUAGCACCUUUUUGUGAAUUAUCCUUUUAAAAGUUGGAAUUGUCCAUCCAGUAAAAUGUCUUGUAGAUGUGAUACUAAGCUUAAUGUGCUAGAAAAGCUGGAUGUCAGCUGGUAUCAGAGUGACUUUAUAUAGAGGCUGGCAAAAGUCUUUGCCCUUCCCCUUUCCUUACAAGCUAUGAAUUUGAUGUGUGUGGAUCAGAGAAGUGGAGGAUCUGUGGAGACUUUUAAAAGGAUUGACAACAGCCUAAGAGCUACCUUCUUUAACCUAUGCUGGAGGCAAGAACUUCUUGAACAGUACUUGGUAGUGGUUUCUUUCUCCUCCCUCCUGGAAGUGACCAUGUUGCAAUGUCACUGUGUGCAUACAGCAUUCACGCAGAGGGGAGAAAACACAAAUUUUUAAAGCUAUUUUUGUGGUUUUGACUGAUCUACUGGAGUCAAGGGAAACCAGAACAAGCACAGAGAAGUGUGAAAGCUAACAAACAAGACUUGUGGAGGAAUUACAAUAUGCACAUACAGUCAUCUCUUGGCAUAUGUCACCCCCUCCCCAAGAGGGUGGUGAGCAAAGCAAGAAGCAGCAAUUUGUCUAGUUCUGGGAUUUUAACUCAGAAUUUACCAAUAACUAACUGGAACAGACACCCAGAAUUAAGGCUUUUUGGAAGCUCUUGCUUCACAUUAUAUUUCUCAGUAAAGCAACGUCUUGCUAUGGCACAUGAGAGCCCUGGUUUUAUAUAUCUACAAAUAUUUUAAAAUCUUCUAAUCUGCCACUAAAACAUCUGUGCACAUCAUGACCCAUCUCUAACCUCCCCCCCCCAAAAAAAAAAUAAAAUGUAAAGGGUGGGUACUCUUUUCUCAAAACCCUUCUGAGCUCUGUACAUGUGGCUGUGUACUGGAAUCGGUCUGCACAUCUUUAUGGCCUCCAGAUCACACCUGAAUAAAGACUUGGAAAAAACGUCCAGUUUCACUUCAGUUGUCUCCACGUGAUAGGAAGGAGCUGAAUGGGAGGUCACAGAGAGUCAGCCUGGUAAAAUGCCCUAGCAAAGGAUUCAAAAUUUCAUAUACAACAUGCAUUUGAUUCAAAGCAAAACCAACUGUCCUUCUUAAAUAUUUGUGCAUGCCAGGGAAAAGUAUUCCUUUCCUUGUUUCAGCAAAAUGGACUUAAUGACCAUCCCUAAGUCCUUUUCAAUCAUAUUCUAUUUCUACAGCUAAAUGACUUUACUAAAUUACUUCUACAUCAGUUGUUUUCUGUACUUGUAAUUUCACAAAUUGGAUUCCUAUCUCGUCAUGGCAUUUUCUAUCUAAGUAUUUUUUCCAUAUCCCUUAACAAGAUUAGCUGACAUGUGAGACUGAAAAAAACAAUUGCAGCUGGCCAGUUCUGUGCAUCUGUAGAAGUCUUAGAAUUUACUUUUAAAAGUAAAAGGUAAGAACUGCUAACUCAGCUGCUCUUUGGUUCUCUAACAGUUACCAGGCUUCCCACGAUGUGAAAAAAAAAAAUCACCUUUUUUUCCAGUCUAUAGCACUCCUUUUGAAGGUUGCUACAGGCACAGCUGUCUAAAGUGUUACUCAAGUAUUCAUCACAAAUCUACAAGAUCUUAAACCUUAAUAGCUGCUCUAGGGGAGAGAAGCUGCAGUGGGAAUAGAAUUGCUUUGGGGCAGCAAAGGUCAGAAUUUUGGAGAAGGAUUUGCAAAUUUGUACAUAAUUUCAAGGGCAUCCAUCCAUUUGGUGGGUUGGUUCCCAGCUAAUGUCUUGACACGGGGAAAACACUGCAGGGAGGGCUCUGUUUCUGGGGUAGUGUGGGUAACGAUCCUCUUCCCCUCCCAGUCUGACUCACUGAUCAUGCUCUUAUAUUUUGACAGUUGAAUGAAGAGCAUCCUUGUACUGAAGCGAGCAUCCCUUUGCAGAAGUGAGAAAUCUGUAAUUGGAAAAGAGUGAGCUGGGUGAGAAGUUGAUUUACAAACUGCAGCAUUUUUACUGUCCUGUUAUUAGUACAGUUUUCUUCUCCACUAAUGGGGUCAGAGCCAUAGCAACAUAUUUCCUAGACAAUUCUCUCCUUCAUCUGCAUCCUGGAUAGUUGUGUUUCCACAAUUUUGGAAGAAGUUCCUAUAGCCCAAGAAGAUAGUCCCCAGUCCUUGAUUUCCUGAUGGAUCCCAUCAGUAUGGGAUGCUGCCCAGCAGUUUAUUACACUUCUUCGGCUUGUAGGGAAAUCAGUAUAUCACAUUUUUUCCUUUUUUUUGCAUACUGGUGGGAUUUGGGACUGUUACGAGGACUUAUUUUAGCAUUGUGCAAGAAGGUAGUCUCCUGUAAAAAGAAUGAAGUCACUGAUUUUUUAUCAGCUGUGCAGACAUAAGGACUAGUUAAUAGCUAGCUAACCCAUGAAAUACCAGUGUGGGCUUCUGGCCAAGCUGCACUGGUUUAAAAAAUAACUCAAAAUGUAGAUAUGGGAACUACUUGAUCCAUAACAAGUAGUGCAUGAGUCCCAGGUCUAAUUUACAGCGAUUUUUAAGAGGGAUGAUUAAUGGAAAAAUCUCUUGAUCUGUAUUAUUUUUUAUUAAUGCCUUAACUGAAAUGUUAAAGUUGCUGCAGAGCCUUAGGUAGUGAUUCAUCUGAAUGCAGCUGAAUAAUGCAUCUUUUGCAGGAGUUUCCAGUUGAGGCACUUAGUGAUGGUAUGUCUGGAAUCUCUCCGCUCCCUCCUCUCUAAAGGUUAAAUCCAAACUGGAUUUCUUUGGUCAGCAAAAUCUUGCUGCCUUGGAGACACUUUAAUCACAGGGACAACUCUCAGCUUCCCUGACCUGAGUUCUCUGUACAAUGAGUAAGUCUAUGCUCCAUGUCAGGUGAAAGCUGUUGUUCUAGAUCCAAGAAAUGAAUUUAAUGUGGAUCAAAUCCUUACAAAAAGAGAUGUGCAAAAUCUUAUCCAGCUUUGUGUUACCAGACUGCUUGACACAACAAACCCAUCCCUGAGCACAAUUAAGAUGCAAGUUUACUUUGAUAUGAACUAUGCAAACCGAGCUGAAUUACUCAGAGAGCGGCAUCGUGUUCUGGAGGGAAGGCUGGCUCCUCUGGUCAGAGAUAUCACAGACAGUCGUCCUCGCGUGCAAGAUGAAAUGCAGAGAGUGUAUCAAAUGAUUGUUAGCUACAUGCUGCUGAGCUCUGGCCUGGGAUCCCCAACAGAUAUUGAGGUUGUCAGGGAGGUAACAGCUGCCUUGCAGAGUAUAUUCCCCCAGACAGCGCUGGUUGUGUUCAUCUCGCUCAGUAAGAAGGAUAAAGAGCAACAGCUGAAAAAUCUUGCCAUGCUAGUCACAGGGAUUCGAUUGUUCAACAAGGAGUGUGGGAAAGGAGGAAAGGGUAUUGAUGACCUGCCAGGCAUUCUGAAUGAAGCCAUUCCAUCAGCUACACGGACUGUUGAAGACAGUCUUAAUACUUGCCAUGUGCUAGCCCGCUGUUACACAGCUCUGUUGGAAUCCACGCACGAAGACCAGCACAGACACAGGCAGCUUAGUUCCUUCAAACUAAAAGAAGCGCUGUUCGGUGUGAGACAAUACGAGGCCUUCCUCUGCAUCCUUAUGUCUGAUGCAAUUACAGGUGCCCAAGAAAUUGAAAAGAUGAAUGUGCAGUUUACAACAACAAUGGAGCAGUUGAAAAACACAGUUCAGAAUAAGGUUUCCGUGGAUACCAAAGAAGUUUUUCCUCUCUUUGUUGCAAUUUAUGACGUGUGGACUGGAUUUCAGAACGAGAUGCUACUCCUGAGCUUUCUCACAAAUAUGACUAACAAUCUGCAACAGUUCUUGGAAACACAAUCGCAGCUUUUUCCUGAGGAAGUGCUAACAUCUCUUCUGGAAGGAGUGACUGUGAAAACUGAUGAGGAAAGGAUAAGAGAAACAAUGGGAACACGAGUAAACGUUUCAGAUUUUGAGAACCAAGAAUGGCUUUUUCCAGAGACGACUGCUAAUUUUGAUCAGUUGCUAAUCCAGUACCGUGGUUUCUGUGCGUAUGCAAUUGGUGUAAAAGGCCUCAUCCUUCCAGGAAAUCCUGCUAUUGGAAUUUUGAAGCACAAGGACAGAUGUUACGUGUUCAGUUCCAAAGAAUCUGCUUACAUUUUUGCUCAAGAUCCAGAUAAGUUCAUUCAGCUGAAUGUAGAAAAAGCAAAAGAACACGCAGAGCUAAUUCAUCUGCUCGAGCUUCACCAUCAGUUUGAAUACCUUGCUCCAUACACACAGGCAAGAAAUGCAGACAAACAUUUGAUGAAACCAAGCACAAAAUGUGACAGCAGCACUCAGACUGAUACUCACAUCUUGCCUCCGUCUAUUGUGAAGUCCUAUGAAUGGAAUGAGUGGGAACUGAGAAGAAAAGCUAUAAAAUUGGCCAAUUUGCGUCGCAAGUUAACCCAUGCCAUGCAGACUGAUCUUAGCCAUCUGAGAAGGGAGAACUCCACCCAAGUGUACUUGCCAAAAGAUGUCAGCACCCAGACUAAGCACGAUAACUCGAGCAAUGUACCCAGACCACAGAUUUUCUUGGCAGGUCUCCGAGGAGGGUCAUCUGCUGCUACUCAUAUGGUCAAAGUGGACUUAACAAGACCAAUAGAUGAAACCUAAGUGAAAAUGAGAAACCUAAAGAAAUAUACUAAAUACAUAUAAAAAUCUCAACGUAUACCUAAAUCAAGUUACCAAAAACUUUUACUGUGUCUGUUGAUUCCAGGAGCAGUUGACUUACUUCGUUUGUCUUACUUGCUAGGGCUGCUAAAUGGUAUUAAGUGAUAGAAAUGAUGGGCCUGAAACACCCAGAGUUUAAAAAGCAAUUUAUAGUGAAGAUGUGCCUGAAAACUUAAACUAAUAUUUAAAUGUGUAGUGUGGGUCUGGGGUUUUCUUGAUUUUGUAAUACAGUGACUGCUUGCUGAAACACCACUGUUAAGAGACAUGGCUUUGGUACAUGAAAA